AAACGCUGCACAGCUGGUAGGAGGAGAUACGAGACAUCAUUCAGUCCUCAAGUCUUUACAGUCUUUUUCACUGCUGUUAUUUCUGGAGAACUCGUGGAAACAUGAGCGGUAGAGUUGGAGAUCUGAGCGUAAUACAAACUGAUUCCUUGGCUCAGUUUCGGGAGAGAGUUCAGGAUAUUCUGCCCCAAUGUCCAUCUCAAAGUGACUCCUUUCUUCUCAGAUGGCUCAGAGCCAGAAAUUUCAAUCUACAGAAAGCAGAGGCCAUGCUGCGCAAGCACGUGGAGUUUCGGAAACACAUGAAAGCUGACACAAUUACCACGGAGUGGCAGGUGCCAGAGGUAAUAGACAAGUACCUCUCUGGUGGCAUAUGUGGCCAUGACCGGGAAGGGAGCCCCGUUUGGUAUGAUGUUGUCGGCCCUAUGGACCCUAAGGGACUGAUGCAUUCGGCAACUAAGCAGGACUUAAUCAAGUAUAAAAUCAGAGACUGCGAGAUGUUGCAGAAAGAUUGUGAUUUACAGAGCGAACGGCUGGGUAAAAACAUUGAGACCAUUACUAUGGUCUAUGACUGUGAAGGUCUGGGAAUGAAGCACUUAUAUAAACCUGCUAUAGAGACUUAUGGAGAGAUUCUUACAAUGUUUGAGGAUAAUUAUCCAGAGGGACUUAAGAGGCUAUUAGUCAUUAAGGCACCCAAACUGUUUCCCGUGGCUUACAAUCUGGUGAAACAUUUUUUGAGUGAGGACACUCGCCGUAAGAUCAUCAUACUGGGAUCAAACUGGCAGGAGGCAUUACAGAAAUACAUUGACCCUGAGGAACUUCCAGCUUUCUAUGGGGGCAAACUGACUGACCCUGAUGGUGACCCCAGGUGUAGAACCAGGAUUACAUUUGCGUCAGAGGUUCCCAGAUCCUACUAUGUUCGAGACUCCAUUAAAGUGGAGUAUGAUCAGUGUGUGACUAUAGGCCGCAGCUCCUCACACCAGGUGGAAUAUGAGAUACUUGCACCAAACUCUGCACUGAGAUGGCAGUUUACCUGUGAUGGUGCCGAUGUGGGAUUUGGCAUCUAUUUGAAGAAGAAGAUGGGUGAGUGGAUGAAGGCCGGUCAGAUGAAGGAGAUUGUGCCGAAUCAGCGUUACAAUGCACACCUGGUACCUGAGGAUGGAUCCCUCACCUGUCCAGAACCAGGAGUGUAUGUACUACGAUUUGACAACACUUACAGCAUUUUCCAGUCCAAAACGGUCAGCUUUUCAGUGGAGGUCCUCCUACCUAGUAAUGACAACCAAUCAGGACCUUAAAAAUGCAAGAAUUGAAGACAGAAUUGAAGACCAAACAAAUAACAAGUAGCAACCUAUAAAAUUAUAUUGUAUAAAGAAUACUGCAUUGUAGCAUAACUAAAAACUUUGAUCUGUGUUGUAGUUCAUAAAUGAAAUGUAAUAAUGCUGCUCUCAGAAAAGAGGUGAGUAUUAAAUCAAACUGACCAAUCACUGCAAUAAAAUCUUGUUUGAGAAUAACCAUCUACAGUAUGAUGGUGGGAUGAUAUUUAUGGUUCACUCAUCAACAUCCAAUGAUGCUAUAUUGUUCACCGGCAUAUCUGGAUCCCAAUUUCAGCCAAUACGAUUCUUUACUUUUUGUUUUUCCGAGAUAAAGCUGUUAUCAAGUUGAUUUUUCAGAAUUGAAUUCCUUGAUAUUAAUGAGGUAUUUACUGUAUCAUUGUUAUUAAGUGUAACAACUGUAUUAAGAGUCACAAGACCCAAAUGUUAUGCUCAAAAGCAUAUAGUGUAUAUUAUUUGAGCUUUCCCAUGUGGAUAUUUCAUGACUGCCUUAAAUACUAGUUAUUUCACCUGUUUUUCUCAUUUAUAUUGGGAGCUCAGAUAAGACUGAAGACUAUUUUCCUCAGAUUACCUAAGGUUAAAUUAUUUUAUUUUAAUGGUAAACACAAAUAUGUGAACUUUUAAAACACAUUGUUUACAAAAAGAUUAUUAGAUUAUUAUCAGGAAUAUUGCAUUAAUAUUAUUUACUAAUUAUGCAUUAAAAUAUCAGAAAACAUUAUAGACCACAUCUCAUUUUCUUUCACUUUAAAGUAGAGUGUAAUACAACCAUUUAUAUG